AACAGUAACAGUAUUAGAAUGUAACUUGUCCAUCCUGGGUAGAGACCAGAACACCACGAAACUGACGGCCAGGAAGCUCUAAAAUGCAAGUUCAUCCUUUGUCAGCGCGAGGGAGUGAAUCAGCAGUUUGUGAAGGUCGAUGACAGUUAGAAGCAUGCUUUCCACUGCUCUCCCUGAUCCCGUUUGCCACCCAGGAUGUCUGUGAGUGAGAGCUCAGUGUUUGCCUAUGAGUCUUCUGUGCACAGCACCAACGUCUUACUCAGCCUCAAUGACCAGCGGAAGAAGGAUGUGCUGUGUGAUGUCACUGUGGUGGUGGAGGGCCAGCGGUUCCGAGCCCACCGCUCGGUGCUGGCUGCCUGCAGCAGCUACUUCCACUUGAGAAUCGUAGGCCAGACUGAUGCCGAGCUCACCAUCACACUGCCUGAAGAGGUGACAGUUAAAGGAUUUGAACCUUUAAUUCAGUUUGCCUACACUGCCAAACUCAUUUUAAGUAAGGACAAUGUUGAGGAGGUGUGCAAGUGUGUGGAGUUUCUGAGCGUGCACAAUAUCGAGGAAGCCUGCUUUCAGUUUCUCAAGUUUAAGUUCUUGGACUCCACUGAAGAGCAGCAAGAAUGUGCAAGAAGAAAAUGCUUCUCCUCACACUGUCAGAAAGCAGACUUUAAAAUUUCACUUUCAGACCAGAAAGAUGUAGAAAUCGAUGAAGCAGAGGAGUUCUUGGAAAAGAAAAAUGUUCAGACUCCUCAGUGUGACCCCCAAAGGUGUCAGGGCGAUGUGAAAACAUUGCCCUCUUGCCAGGACAGUGCCAGCCAGACGUGCCAGUCCAUGUGCCUGGAAAAGGAUGGAGCCCUGGUGUUGCCAUCUUUAUGCCCCAAAUACAGAAAAUUCCAGAAAGCGUUUGGAACUGACAAGAUCCGUACUCUAGAAUCGGGCAUCAAAGAUGUCCAUGCUGCUUCUGUCCAACCAAAUGAGACGUCUGAACUUGAGUGUUUAGGGGGAGCACAAGGCUGUGCAGAUCUACAAGUGAUUUUAAAAUGUGAAGGGACGAAGCCAGCCAUGGAGAGUGAGGAGACAAAGCGCAAUGACCCCACUUCCCAGUGCCCCGCAGAGCAGACAGAAGCGGCUUCUUUCCCUCACAAUCCUGCAGAUCCUCAUGGGUUCUAUUCCCUCUCACUGUUACACACAUAUGACCAGUCUGGUGACUUGGGCUUGGCUGGGAUGCAAAGUAAAACAGUGAAAACAGAAAAGCCUUUGUCAGGUCCAGAUGCCCAGGAAGAGAAGCCGUUUGGUGAAAAUCAGGAUUUGUACCUGAAACCUGACACGGGCCCCAAAGAAGACAGCAGCAGCCUUGCAUCCGGUGAUCGGAGUAGCGUGGAGCGGGAGGUGGCGGAGCACCUGGCCAAAGGCUUCUGGAGUGACAUUUGCAGCACGGACUCGACCUGCCAAAUGCAGCUGUCACCUGCUGCGGCCAAAGAGGGCUCAGAACAGGGCUACCCGCAGAGGCGGUCCGAGUGUCCCUGGUUGGGUAUCAGGAUCAGCGAGAGCCCAGAGCCAGGCCAGCGAACUUUCGCAACCCUCAGUUCCGUCAACUGCCCUUUCAUAAGCACUCUGAGUUCCGAAGCCUGCUCCAGCAGCUUGGAGAUGGGAACCUACGAUUACGUCACGGAGCCCCAGCAGGAGCCUUGUCCAUACACUUGUGUGAUUAGCUUGGGUGAUGACUCAGAGACAGACACAGAAGGAGACAGUGAGUCCUGUUCCGCCAGGGAGCAGGAAUGCGAGGUAAAGCUGCCAUUUAAUGCUCAACGAAUCAUUUCGCUCUCCCGGAAUGAUUUCCAGUCCCUGUUGAAGAUGCACAAGCUGACCCCAGAGCAGCUGGACUGUAUCCAUGAUAUCCGCAGAAGGAGUAAGAACAGAAUCGCCGCGCAGCGCUGUCGCAAGAGGAAACUUGACUGUAUUCAGAACCUGGAGUCAGAGAUUGAGAAGCUGCAAAGUGAAAAGGAGAGCUUGCUGAAGGAGCGAGAUCACAUCUUGUCAACGCUGGGUGAAACAAAGCAGAACCUGACGGGACUUUGCCAACAAGUGUGCAAGGAGGCCGCUUUGAGUCAAGAGCAGAUCCAGAUCCUCGCCAAGUACUCGGCCUCAGACUGCCCGCUCUCUUUUUUAAUUUCCGAGAAAGGAAAAACUAUUCCUGAUGGUGAACUUGUUUUUCCUUCAGUUUUCAGCGUGUCUGACAUGCCUCCAGCUGCACCACCUCCCCGUGGGGCAGGGAGCAGCAAGGCAGGCCAGGAACUGGUGCAAGAGUCCCCGGCGAUGGCGCCAGCCACUGCAGCUGCCCCGGAGCAGGCCACACGGUUGGAACCCUGUCGGCAGAGUGGUGGGAUCUCAGACUUCUGUCAGCAGAUGACUGACAAGUGUACUACUGAUGAGUAAACCACACGAGCACCCUUCAGCCCAUGGAUUUCCUGCUGAAGUGUUGGCAUUGUCUCAAGAGCUGCACCUGGCCAUGUCUUCUUGCUUAGUAGCCCUGCUUCCCCCGGUAGCUUCCUACUGAGGCAGUGUCUCUUUUGAGGUGACCCUGAGUUCUCCUUGAUUUUCACAGGAGAUAUGACAUGAGUUACCUCUUGGAUGCUGAAAAAUCACAUGUGAAAAUAGAGAGUAAUAAUCUCCCAGUAUUCAAAAGCAACUACGACAGUGAAAAGUGCUGUAUCCGUUUCAACAGCUCAAAGCAUCUACAUAUGGUCUGCCUGGCCUGCGGAAGCUUGAGCAUCUACCUUUCGGCAGUAUACUGAUAAAAAAGAAAAAUUCUCCCCAAGCAGUGCGGUGGUGUCACUCAUGAGCCUUCACCCCAAACUCCUGUAGACAGUAAGCUGAUAUCAGCACUGAGAGUGUUUGUGUAGAGCUGUAACGUGGAAAAGAAAUCAUCUUUGAACUCUAACGCUCCACUCCUCAGCUUCUACCAAAGUCCAGCAUGGGCUGGACCUGGUGACCCCGGGGCUGCCUUGGCAGGCCUUAGUGAAGGGCCACAGCUGGCCUGAGCUGGAGGCCUCCUCUCCUCAUUAUUGACUAGAAUUUCUGGCUGCACAAACAGUAGAUAAAUGUCAUCUCCUCUGCAGUCUCUGCCAUGUCUAGGCCAGAUGGGAACUUUCUCUUCCCUUCUUGUCCCUUGGAGGAAGAACUGGGAGUUAGGCUGAACGGUGUGGGUGUGUACACGCUGGCCAGAACCAUAGUUGCCACAGACCUGGAAAGCUGCACACUGUGAGAGGCUGAACAUCAUCUCGGCACAGGUCACCGAUGCCCAAGAGGGCAUUGGCAUCCUAAUGAAGACCUGAGGUGUGUAAAAAGCCUUGUUGGAGCAAACAUUGAUCUACAGCUCUGGGGCAUUUGAAACCAUGGAAUUUGGUCGCAGUCCAUGAUGGGUUUGCAUUUGAGAAGCAGAUUGAAUCCUUUUCUUUUUUCCCACCCCGUUUGGUGUGGUGUAACGGCACACACCUCACUUUGACUUGGACAUUGAAAAGUCAGUCUUGUGCUUAUUUUAAUGCUGGUAGAAAAUGAAUUUAUAAUAAUUUGAGCAUCUGCCCCAUCAUUUUGCAGUGAUUCUUAACCAUUCUGGAAUCUCACACACUGUAGACCUCAGCAGUGGAACCUGUACAUAUAGGUUCAAUAUCCCUCUUCAAGGAAUGUGAAAUGCCUUAAAAUUGGAAAUGUUCUGAGUACCGAGCUGAUAGCAGAUGUGGGGUAUUCCAAUCCUGAUCUCAUGAGGCAGGUUAUAGUCAAAACAGGAUAUUCAAAAUCUUCUGAGAGCUUCUUUAAGCUAUAUGUGUAAGGUACAUAGGAAGUUCAUUAAGACUUUGGGGGAGGAUCUAAUCCUCCAGCUAUCUCAUAACAUGCUGUAGAAGUGGAUAUUUGACAAUAGAGAAAAAUCUGAAGUGUGAGGCACCUCCAUUCUCAAGCACCUCUGACGAGGGAGUCUCUCAGGAUGCUUCCAGAAGCAUUUGUAGAGUCCUGUUUGAAAGUACAUGGGACAGUCAAUAGGACUUCAUCUCUCCAAGUCACAUAUCUGAAAGAGACUUACCGUCACUGUCUGCUGCAUCUAAUGAGGGGGAGGGGCCACUCACACCAGAGAGCCACCUGAGUGUGGUAGCCAGUUGGUGGCAAGCUGACGUUUGCCGUGAGAAGAUCCGGGGACCAGCAUCAAUAUUUCAUAAUCUCACAGUUGUCAGAUGAUGCCCUUUUUUCUUGGAGUGCAGGGAGGGAGGAAGGAUAGUGUGUAUUUUCUCUUUGGAAGAGAAAAUUAAAUUGGAAUUAUUUUCUAGAAACUUUGAAGAGUCCACUCAGUUCUUCUGGGAGAGAGUGCUCACUGUGUGUUACAAAAGAGCUGUGUACAUAUGUAUAUGUCCCCACGCAGCUAUUUGAUACUUGUAAUUUUAGAUUUCAACUUAACAUAAAAUAAUAUGAGAACUUCUCUGGUUUACAAAGUGUAAAAUCCUAUACAAGCCAAUGGAAUCCUUGAUUUCCUACCUCACUGUACACUCGGCUGUCCGCCAUCGGUUUUUGUGUGUACAUACGACAGACAAUUUUUUGCUUUAAAUGUAACUGUAAAUGUUUGCUUUGGAACGUUACUUAACAUUUUAUGAUAAAACCCAGCUCUCUCCUCAAUUUAAAGACUUUUUUUAAAGACACUUGGUUUAAAUUUCUCUCUACCUAUAAACAGUUUAGCAUUAAGGGUUAAUUUUAAUGGUGUUUGGUAAUUGGCCAAGUGUAAUAUUUUUUAAAAGUUAGCAUUACUUUUAACAGCCAGCAUAUAAUACAAGUAACUACACUACCUCAUACCUAUGUGAUUUUUCAAGUUGUAUUAGAUGGACAGGAAAGAUUUUACCUUUGUCUUUUGGCCAUAAGGUGGGUAAGUUUUCUGUAUAUUGCAUAGCAUUACACAUUUAUGCCUAUUUUAACGUGAACUUUUAAAGACUUUUUUUUUCUAAGAAAAUUUGUUUUAAGGCAAUAUUUUUUUUUGGGGGGGGGGUGCCGAAGACAAAUGAUAGGCUAUGUGUACAACGUAUGCCUUUUUCUUCACGCAGUGUUUUGACAAUGUUUUUAGUUUGUGUUUUGCCUAGUCACACAAUCAUUGCUCCUGUUGUAUGACCCAGCCUUCUCAAUGCCUGGUGAUUUUUUUUUAAGUUGUCAUAUCUGACUCAAUACAAUAAUGUCAUCUUAAAUUUCUGCCCCUUCUUUGAAUACUAUAGCUACAAGCAAAUAAUUUGUUAACUUGUUAUAUUCAGAAUAAAUAUGGAUUAUAACAUUGGUGGUCCACCUGCAGGCUUUAUAACAAUUGACUGUAGCUCGAUGCUUAGCCGGUUUUAAGUUAGGAAUUCAGUAUAAAUGAUACAGGGAUAGUGGAGACGGCGUGGGGGCACUCAGCCACAUUAACAACUUGGAAAAAAAGAGAAGCAAAUGGCGAUGUUACAGUGAAUUCUCAGGUGAACCUUUCAGUUACAAAAACAUCUAUUUUGAAUUUGUAAAUAUUUUAACUGUUUUAUUAAGGCAUGUACUAAACUAUUCUUUGGCACCUGUUGGGUAGGAUGAAAUUUUAAAGCCAUAAUGGUAGAAAAUGGCGUACUGAUUGUAAAAUAAACAGAAAUAAUAAUAUUGAUUUUUUUGUAUCUUUCAUAAUAUAAUUUUUCUAACUGCAAUAAAACCACUGAACUUAUAUAUUCAUGUCCUAUUAAGCCCAUGUUUCAUUAGAAGUACACUUUAUAAUAUUUAAUUUACAUUUUCUUCCUAAUAUGCUUGUCUAAAUGUGUCAAAAUAUAAGUGUUAGAUGCUGAUGGUAGACUGACAGUUAAAUAAAGUUCCUAAUACUGCUCUUAA